AUGUUAUUCAAACGACCCCCCAAUGAAAAGGGAGCAGCGUGGCCAGCCAUCUUGGUAGGUUUGUUCGCGUCCUUCGGCGGCAUUCUCUAUGGAUACGACACCGGGACCAUCUCAGGUAUCCAGACUAUGCCCUACUGGAUCGAGGAAUUCGAUAGCCCUGACGCAGGUCGCAUCGCCCUGAUUGUUUCUAUCUUGUCGGUUGGCACGUUCGUUGGCGCACUCGCAGCGGGUGUCAUGGCAGACAUUACUGGCCGAAAAUGGGGAAUCAUCCUGUCAGUCAUGCUGCCUUUCAAUCUCGGUGUGGCGCUUCAAACUGCAGCUACAUCCCAGCCUUUGUUCAUUGCUGGUCGCUUUUUCGCCGGUCUCGGAGUCGGUCUAGUCUCCGCCCAGGUUCCAAUGUACCAAUCUGAGACUCUACCGAAAUGGAUCAGAGGCGCAGUUGUUGGAUGCUACCAGCUUUGCAUCACAAUCGGCCUUUUCCUGGCCGCUAUUGUGAAUUAUGCCACCCAGCACAGGAAAGAUAGCGGAAGCUAUCGCAUCCCGCUUGCCAUUCAAUUCGCAUGGGCUUUAAUUCUGGCUGGAGGCUUGCUCUUUCUCCCCGAGACCCCUCGUUUCCUGAUCAAAAAGGGCGAUGACCCCCGAGCCCGUAAAUCUUUGGUUUUCCUCCGCCGCUUGAGUCCUGAUGAUCCAGAUAUUGCCGCCGAGCUUGCAGAGUUGAAGAGCAACUGGGAGUAUGAACAGUCUCUUGGCUCUGCUUCUUAUAUUGAAUGCUUCAAGGGUACAAUGGGUAAACGCACAAUUACUGGAAUAGUACUUCAGUCGCUCCAACAACUCGUCGGUAUCAAUUUCAUCAUCUAUUACGGUACAAGCUACUUUGCCGAGAAUGUCGACGGCCUGCCCGACUCUUUCAUCUUGCAGGUGAUCGUCAAUUGCGUCAAUGUGGUCAUGACGCUUCCGGGUCUUUGGGCAAUUGACCAUUUCGGACGGCGCCCAGUUCUUCUGACAGGGGCACUCGGUAUGGGUGUGUCCCAAUACAUUGUUUCGGCCUGUGGCGCUGCAACUCCGAUCACGAAUUUCCCUUCACAAUGCGCCCAGUUCGCUUUUAUUUGUAUAUACGUGUCUUUCUUCGCAUCCACAUUUGGUCCCUGCGCUUGGGUUGUCACGGGAGAGAUUUUCUCGCUUCAGACGCGUGCGAAAGGUCUUUCCAUGACCACUGCGGCGAACUGGUUCUUCAAUUGGCUGCUAUCGUUCAUUACGCCAUACCUCACUGGAGCACUCAACCCAACCCAGUCCAACGUGUUCUGGAUCUGGGGUAGUUUCUGCUGGAUCGCAUUCGUGUUCACAUACACCAUGAUCUAUGAGACUAAGGGGUUGGCCCUUGAGCAGGUCAAUGAGCUCUAUGAUAAUGUUUCGAAGGCUUGGAAGAGCCCUGCUUACCGUUCCGAACUCCGCACGGCCUCUGUUUCUGAUAUCCACCACGCCAAGUCGAUCGAUGACGAUACAAAGCAUUCGGAGGUGGCACUUGAGGAUGCUGAAAAGGCCUGA